AUGUUUAAAGAGACAUUCCAAAGUGGCAGAGCUGUUGAAAUUUUGAAUCCUAAAGACAAAAAUUUGAAGCUCGGCAAAUCAUAUCAGCCAUUUUACGACCAAUCUGCAAAGUCUUACAUUUUCAGUUUAGAAACUCAUCUAUCAAAAAUUGCAUUCCCUUCAAAUGAUAUAGACAAGCUCGGAUUGCUCCAGCAAUACCUUGUGAUGCAAGUUUUCAUCCCUGGCUCUCACAACUUUUCAUUUGAGCUACGCAUAACUGAUAGAGCCAAUGCAAAACGUAGAAUUCUGUUUACAACAGCCUGUAAAGAUCUUACAGUAAAUCCAUUGAAUGCAAGAAUCCCAACUGACAUUCAAAAAAAUAAAUGAAUAAAUUGGUUAAUGAAAAUACUAUUUAUUUACUAUUAAUUUUAUAGAAAAAAAGCAGCUUUUUAUGCUACCAGAAUAAAUCUGUGUGUGGAUAUUGAAAGUUUUGUUAAUUUAUGCUUUGGUAAUGCAGGGCAUAGAUCUUUAGAUGGGUUAACUAUUUUUGCGUAUUGCAAAUUAAGAAACGUAUUUACGAUAAGAAGCCCGAUUUUUGAUGCUGAAAGUAAAGCUACAGGAUAUGAACCGCUUCCAAAACAUUUAGAGUUUAUGACAAAUGUGGACUUUCAAAAUUUAUUGCUGACUUCUGAAAGAAUUCCAAAAAAAAUAGACGGAAAAAAUAUUACGACUACUGAACCUUUUAUAUCAGGAAACAUCAGUAUGGGGAAGCUUGGAAACAGGACUGCGUCGCCAUGAAAUCGAAGCUCAAUCAUAACACCGCUAGUAAGGCCUCACAAAUCAGCACCUUUAAGCCGAAAAAAUAUCAACCUUCCGCCAAGACCUCAAAAAUUAGGAACUUGUGGAGUUACCCCAAGAGCAAAAAAAUUAUCCGUAGGAGAAUUCGAAGUGCCAGACAACAGCUUAAAAUCCCAAAUAAGAAUCCGAACAGGAAAAACCGUUACUCCUCCUAAGCCGAAAUCGCUUAUAUCAAGUGGUGGGAAUACUCCUAGAAAGCCGCCACUAGAGCUAAAGCCACCAAAGCCAAUAGAAAAGCCUGUCGAAAUAAACCUCUAUUCUAAAUUCCAAAGCCAUGGUAAAAAGAAUGAAGAAGGCGAAGAGGUUGAAGAAGAAAUUUUAACUGAAAGCAUUGAAUAUGAUGGAAAAGAAGAUGGGUCUUUGACAAAAACGCCUAAUAAAAUGCCGCUUUCGUUUAAUGGAAAAUCGGAAACAGAAACUAGAGAAAUCAAUUUGCCAAAACCUUUUUAUUUCGAGAAAGGAAUGUGGGAUGCACUUCAGCAUAGACAGUUUUCUCCACCUUUAGUGGAGGAAGAUAAUUCUGAUAGAAAAUCAGAAGAAUUGAAAGAGUUAGUAUAUGAUAGUGUUUUAAAGUGCUUUUAUAGCCCUGCGACACAGGAAUAUUAUAAUGUUCGCUAA